CUUCAACAACAUGGUGGAGUGAACACGAAUUCUUUCUGUCUGAGUAAUCGUUGAAAUUGAUUUAAUUAUAUUGCUUCAUUGUGAUUCAGCCAAAUAUUUAUGUUCAAAAUGUAUUCAUAAAGCCGCGAGUAUAGUUUUGUGUAGAUUUCUUUUUAAUAUUCAGUUUUCUUAAAAGGUGAUUUCCACCUUCAAAAUGUCUUACAUGAACCAGAAUAGUAGACCAAUUUCUGGUCAUUACCAGAAUUCAGAAAUGUCUGCCAAAGAACAAACUCUGAUGUGGCAGCAAAAUUCGUACAUGGGGGACUCUGGUAUUCAUUCUGGGGCUGCUACCCAAGUCCCAUCUUUAAGUGGGAAGGAAGAAGAGGAUAUGGACAUCUUCGAUCUUGAUCAAGGGUAUCCUCAAGGAUUUACCCAAGACCAAGUGGAUGAAAUGAAUAGUCAGUUGAACCAGACAAGAUCCCAGAGAGUUAGAGCCGCUAUGUUCCCAGAAACAUUAGAGGAAGGUAUCGAGAUACCUUCGACACAAUUCGAAAACACGCAUCAAACGGCUGUUCAGCGUCUAUCCGAACCGUCCCAGAUGCUUAAGCAUGCCGUGGUCAACCUAAUCAACUACCAGGACGACGCCGAUUUGGCCACCAGGGCGAUACCCGAACUGAUAAAGCUGCUCAACGAUGAAGAUCAGGUAGUGGUAUCCCAAGCCGCUAUGAUGGUCCACCAGUUGUCGAAGAAGGAGGCGUCCAGGCAUGCCAUCAUGAACAGUCCGCAGAUGGUGGCCGCGUUGGUCCGUGCCAUCUCCAAUUCUAACGAUCUGGAGACCACCAAAGGGGCCGUGGGAACGUUGCACAAAUUGUCGCAUCACAGGCAGGGUCUUCUGGCCAUCUUCAAGAGCGGUGGUAUUCCGGCCCUGGUGAAACUCCUGAGCAGUCCAGUCGAGAGCGUUCUCUUCUACGCUAUCACCACCCUUCACAACCUGCUCCUCCACCAGGACGGAUCCAAGAUGGCCGUCAGGUUGGCCGGAGGGCUUCAGAAGAUGGUCGCCCUUCUACAGAGGAACAACGUGAAAUUCCUGGCCAUUGUGACCGAUUGCCUGCAGAUCCUCGCGUACGGAAACCAGGAGAGCAAACUGAUCAUUCUGGCGUCACAAGGUCCCAUCGAGUUGGUCAGAAUCAUGAGGAGUUACGAUUACGAGAAGUUGUUGUGGACUACCUCGAGGGUGUUGAAGGUUCUCUCUGUGUGUUCAAGCAACAAGCCUGCGAUCGUCGAAGCUGGCGGUAUGCAGGCGCUGGCGAUGCACUUGGGCAGCCCGAGUCAGCGUCUGGUCCAAAACUGCCUUUGGACCCUCAGAAACCUGUCCGAUGCUGCUACGAAGGUAGACGGUCUCGAGAACUUGCUGGGAUCGCUGGUGCAGGUGCUGGCUGCCACCGACGUGAACGUGGUAACCUGCGCCGCCGGCAUCUUGUCGAAUUUGACGUGCAACAAUCAGAGGAACAAAGUGACGGUCUGUCAGGUCGGAGGUGUGGACGCUCUGGUGAGGACCAUCGUCAACGCCGGCGAUAGAGAGGAGAUCACGGAGCCUGCAGUGUGUGCUUUACGUCAUCUUACGUCAAGGCACGUUGAGGCUGAGAUGGCGCAGAACACGGUUAGGCUGAACUACGGUAUCCAGGUUAUCGUGAAACUGUUGAAUCCCCCAUCGCGUUGGCCCUUGGUCAAGGCCGUCAUCGGUCUGAUCAGAAACUUGGCGCUGUGUCCGGCUAACCAUGCCCCUCUGAGGGAGCACGGCGCCAUACAUCAUCUGGUACAGCUGCUGAUGCGAUCGUUCCAGGAUACGCAGAGGAGGACGAGCGUAUCUACGGGCGGCAGCCAAGCACCAGGUACCUACGCAGACGGCGUGAGAAUGGAGGAGAUAGUCGAAGGAACCGUUGGAGCUCUACACAUACUGGCAAGGGAGUCCCAUAACAGAGCCAUAAUCCGUCAGCAAAUGGUCAUUCCGAUAUUCGUACAACUCCUGUUCAACGACAUAGAAAACAUUCAACGUGUGGCAGCCGGUGUGCUUUGUGAAUUAGCAGCCGAUAAAGAGGGAGCUGAAAUGAUCGAACAGGAGGGAGCUACGGCUCCUUUGACAGAGUUGCUCCAUUCCAGAAACGAAGGUGUAGCAACGUAUGCCGCAGCAGUUUUGUUCCGUAUGAGUGAAGACAAACCACAGGACUAUAAAAAGCGGCUGUCAAUGGAGCUGACCAAUUCUCUGUUCAGGGAAGACACAGGGUGGAAUCCGGAUCUUAUGGGUGCGGAUUUGCAAGAUAUUUUAAGUCCAGACCAACCAUACGAUAGUAUGUAUGGGCAAGGACCUCCCAGUGUUCAUAGUAGUCACGGUGGCCAACCAUAUCCACAAAGAGGACCAUAUGACCAGAUACCAAUAGAUAUGGAAGGAUUAGAAUUAGAAUCUCAUGGAGGGGGCAAUGGUUCAACAUACAGUGCAAUGGAAGUGGAAACAGCGGAUCAAGACUUGAACUUUGAUCAGCUGCCUACACCUCCCCAAGACAACAACCAAGUAGCGGCAUGGUACGACACAGACUUAUAAUUUUUUUUUUACUGUUACCCUACUUACAUUUUCCACCCGUUCAAAAGAAAGAAGGCUCAAUUGUUCAUGUAUGCAACCAGUGUUUUCUACGGAAGUUGAAUAACAUUUUUCAUCGUAUCGAAUUUAUAAUUCUUAGAGUAGUUUCUGAAAUUGGAUAUUGUGGUCCGAAUUAAUGUUUUAAUCUGACGUUACACAUCACUGAAUAGUGGAUUGUAGGAAGAGGUUUCAAAUUGACAGUGUAGGCAGCUUUAAAAGGAACAAAUGAAACUUAUUUAAGUGUUAAAUUUAAGUAAAGGACUAUUAUUAGGAUUAAUGAUGCACUUUUACUUUUGAGUAGUUUUAAUGUAUGAAUUUUUGCAAUAUUUCAGUGCCAAUUCUUUCUGUUUUUAUUUUUAUGUCAAAAUAUUUAUUAGCAUUUAUUGAUACCUUUAUAUGUUUAUACUUUAUGUGCUACAAUUCAUAUCAUUAACUCCUUUUUCAUGUAUUUAACAACAUUCGUCUCGCAGUAUUGGUAAACAUUAACAUAUAGGCGUAUAUGUUUUACUUUCAUUGUAUUAAGAUAUUUUUAAUCUGAAAUAUGUUUAACUAUUUUUUUAUGUGCACUGUGAUAACUUCCAUUGUGUUUCCGAUGUUAUUUCUUACAGUAAUCGACAGGUAGAUUAAAGGUACUGCCAUAUAUAUGCUUCUAUUUAUAGAAAAGUAAACCUUCUGAAUGUAAAAA